AUGAAGACAGCUAUAGCAAAAGUGGAUUCUACCGGUGCGUACUACGCUGCGCUGGUGGCUAGACAGGGAAAGACAGAGGUACAAAUAUACCCAUUGCAGAACGAUGCUGACAAGGGCGUCUCGGUGUGUAACUCGUUAGCUAGUGUCUUUGUGCUUGAGUCCGAAGACGAUGUGCUGUCGUUGGAGUGGGUCACGACUGGGGAAGUCUCUAAUGGCAAGAGAUCUAAGAGAAGACAGUCCAACGGCGCUGUCUCUGGUUCCAGCUCCAGCAGCUAUCUUGCGUGUGUAUUGAAAAGUGGUCGGAUCAAGGUGUUUUCUCCAUUCCAGGAUCAUUCAAUCUCUGAAUUUGAAGCUGGCUCUCCUAUAGUGGCCUCAUGCUCGUCCAGGUCGUACUUGUGGGUGUCCACUGAUUCGGAGAUUAUUGGCUUUGACGUUAACAGUGGUAAGCCAAAGAACACCGUGAAAUAUCCAAAGGCUGUGACCCAGGUGACAAGUAUUGCUACUGUUGAUGGAGGUGAUGAGCAACUAUUUGUUGUCCUUGGUGAGAAGAGUUACUUGGUGAACAAGGCUGGAGAACUUGUCCAUACCUUUGAAGUGAGCAAAGCUUCAAGCUCAGUGCUUCUUGACAACAGUGCCACCAUUGCAAUCUCAAAAGGUGAAGACGUUAUUCUUUUCAAAGGCAACAACUUCACUGAGACUAAUACGCUAUCAUUAAACUCUCAAAUCAAGACACUGCAUUACAUAAACGAUACAACCAUCGCUGCACUUUUAAAGACAGGUGCCAUUACGAUUGUGAAUUUAGCAGCGCAAUCAUCAAGUGCCAUCUCAUCCAACAACAAAAAGAUCCCAUUAAACUUGGUGUUUUACCAGGCUGGUGAUGUGUUUGUAUCUUACACGGGGGUUGUUCCUGAGUUCCAAGGCUUCAAGCUUGAUUCAUGUACCGAAAACAUCACAAUUGAUGUCAAACAAGCCACGAAACAAUCCAAGGUCAAGAAGAUAACGGAACCUAUCGUCUUUGAACUAAAAGCUGUUGAAGAAUACAACGUGCGAGAAUCCAAACUCGUCACUCUGAUUCAAGACUCAAUCGAUAACGUCGAAGAACUUUUCCGCGUCUUGAUCAGUAAUGACAGCGAGGACAAGAUGGGAUACGUUUCAUCUGCAAUCUCUCCAGAGAUCGCCGUUCAGGUAUUUGACGUUUUGUCUGCCAGGGUGCAGUGUGACCCUAGUGAGUCUUCAAUUCUAAACACAUGGCUGAAAUGGAUACUUGUGAACCACUCCUCAGUCAUUAAUUCACAGGCAAAUCUCAAGCCACUAAACGGUGCCUUAAAGAAAGGUCUUAAACAGUUGCCUGAUCUUUUGGCACUUCAAGGAAGACUGGAACUGUUGAGAUCGCAACUCGUGCUCAGAGAGCAGAUCUCCAAACGUGCCGAGGAAAACGCCAUUGCCAGUAAGCAACAAAACCACAGAGAUGCUAUAUCCCAAGCAGAAGAGUCCAUUGUAUACGUAAAUGGUGAGAACGAUGAGGCCGACGACGACGUUCUCGAGGCUGCAGGAAACACUGAGAGUGAACAGGAGAGCGAGGAUGUCCAGGCAGAGGACGAAGACGUCCACAGUGAAGAUGACGAUGGUGAACAAGAGUAA